CAGUUUGAAAAAGCUUAGCAACGGGGACCCCUGACAAGUAGGAGCUGUUGCUUUUUCUGCUUACUUUUCUGAAAGGUAUUCCCCAUUCAGGUGGAGAUCAGCUUCCUAGUGUCAUCAUGGCCGCCAUCCUUGGACCUGUUGGUCUGUCUCUGGCCUGCUUGCUAAUCUCAACUGUGUCCGGAAAAGUGACCCUGAAGCUAGUCCCUGAAAUUGUGAACGUGGACCUGACCAAGUCCCAGCUGGUCAACUGUACUGUCACAGACUACAAAACCACGGACAUUGAGACUCUCGUCUCGAUCAGGCUGUCCCGGAUUGAGGAGGGAGAGGUGGUCCCCGAACCCAAAGAGCUGGUGUCCAUCAACGCCUUCCAGAAGGACCAAGUGAGACCGUCUCCCAGCAUGCCGUCUUACAUGAUGGCACGGGGCGGGGUGGACAAAUCUGGCGCCUUCCUGACACUGCAGUGGAGUUAUCCCUCCGAUGCAGACAUGGGCCUGUACAUUUGCGAGGCGACCUUCAUGCACACAGACGGGGACACGAGCACGGUCAAAGUGGACCGGGUGUUGAGGGCACAGGCUGCCGGGAUAGAGCACGUCCUCAAGAGGCUGCAGUUGGUGGAGGCCAACAUUGAGGACAAUGCCCAAAGAGAGACAGACCUUCUCCGGCGUUUGGAGGGUGUGGAAAAGGACGACGCAGAUUACAGGGAUGCACUCUUUGCCGUGUCCGACUUCUUUGAUAGUCACCGUUACUACCUGUCUGCCUUCCCGUCACCCGUGGAUACCUGGGCUCAGAAUAUCUGCAAGGCAAUGGGAGGCUACCUGGCCGCCCUGGGUUCCGUAGAUGAGUACAAGUUUGUCAAAGAGUUCUUGGACACCCGAGUUCGCGUCAACAGCACAAUCCUCCUGGGGCCGACCAGCAAUGGGAUGGGACCCCGCUCCUGGACGAAUCGCCAAACUGGUGGCCCCGUGAUCUACACCAACUGGUGGAAAGAACCAAGGAGAGCAGCCAACCAGGAACAACGCAGCAAGUUCUGCAUGGCGCUCUUUAGCCGUGAUUUCGACACUCGAAUGAAAGAGAUUAACUGCGACAUGAACGUUGUCGCCAUGCAUUCUCACUUCCUGUGUGAGGUUCCCUGAAGCACAUGUCUGCUGGGUGUCCUAACUUCCGGGGCGAGGUCACGUGAUGCUUUAGAGCUCCAGCAUCUGCGAAUGCCUUGGCAGCCUAUACAUCCCAACCCCCACGUUUUUUCUCCCAAACGGUAGCUUAUAGGGACUCAUAACUUGAUCUAUUGGUAAAGCCUUAUUAAGAAAUGAAUUAGUCUAUUUCACCAUUUACAAAAUGUCUGCUUUCUCCCCUCCCCUCCCAACCUUUUUAUUCAUAUCAUCUCCUAUCUUGCUUGUAACUUUCCUAGGAGUGCUGAUUGUAAUAUAAAAAAAGAUAAAACGUGAAUUAUAACGUAAGUGAAAGAUGACAAUAAAUAUCUUUCAAUUCCCGAAAA